AUCCUGACGAUCCUGACGUCAAGCCAAGGAAUGAACAACCAAUCCACUUUCCAAUCCCAGAUUGACUCACGCACCCUAGCGUUCCCAUCCUCAACUACCAGCCAUACCGUCCUACUAGUUGGACUCGGUCGACUCGCUUCAUCAACGGCGCUAAGCCUCUUCACCAGCCGCAUGUCAUCUUGAGCCCGUUGGGUAAACCUUCGCCAUCAUGGAAGUGGAAGUGGACUUCGCGCCCAAGGCCGUAUUUUUGGCGGGCGAGCGGCUCACCUGCACCAUUCACUUCCGCGUCCCACCGCGCUCGCGCUCACCCUCGCCCUCGCCCACGGAGUUCCUGGCCUGGUCCAGUGUCCAACUCCAAUGCGAGGUGGUCAUGGAAUCCAAUGCGAGCGUGGGCGAGGUGGUCAAAAUCCAACAGAACGGCCGAACCUCGCUCCGACCUUCGGAUUGGAGCGAGGGUCGGCAAAUCGUGUCCUCCAAGCCCAAGGUGCUCUUUUGCGAGCUCAGCCUUCAGGCGGGUCAAGCCCAGAGCUUCGCCUAUUCGGAUCGCAUCCCGUCCGAAGCGCCGCCCACUUACCGGGGGCGGAAUAUUAAAUUCGCCUACCACCUCUUGAUUGGCACGCAGCGCCCUAACGCGCCCGUUCAAUUGGUGAAGGUGCCGGUGCGCGUACUCGCCUCGCCUUACCCCGUGGUAGCGCCUGAAGAGCCGCCCCCGCCGCGACCUUCAGUCGGCUUGAGCUCGGCCUUGGCCGCGCUCCAAAGCCCGGAUCCGGGUCAGAAUCCGUUUCUGAUCGCGCCCGACGCCACGCCAUCGGAAGACAGCGAGGCCAACCAGGUGCGCAAGAGCAUGAUGAGUCAGUCCCAUCAUCAUUUCCACCGGAAGCUCACUUACUACAAUAUUUCCAACUCUCAAGGGCGCAUCGCUGAGCUCUGCUUGGUCAAGCGGGACUUCAAGCUGGGCGAGGAGAUUGUGGGCGUGUUCAAUUUCGCGGUGGGUCACGUGGCUUGUUUACAGUAUUCGGCUCGGUUGCUUUGUCAAGAGGAGAUCUUGGGCGCGCCGGAUCGGGUGGAUUUCACCCGCACUUCCGACAUUCCUCACGGGCGAUAUCAUGAGUUCUGUUUGGGCUUCUCCGAAUGCGGCUUGUCCCUGGAGGUCCCGUUGAACGCCACGCCCACUUUCAACUCGAAUGUGUGCAACAUCUCGUGGCGAAUUCACUUUGAAUUCGUCCUGUCCAUGGACGAGAGUGUGACGCGUGCCCCCGAUCGAGAAUUGGUCGAAUGGAACGGCCCGCAAAAGGUCAAUGUCCAGACUUUGGCCUGGGAUCUGCCCAUUGUGAUCCAUCCAUCCGAAGCUUUGCACGUGGAGCUCGCCUUGCGGCAUAAGAAGAAGCAUAAGUUCAAUCUCGAGCCAUAAGAACCCGGUCACAAAACGAAGAUAUAUAUAUAUAUACACAUACAUACAUAUAUUUACACAUCUCCCUGACGAUGAUCCUGAUGAUGAUGCACUUUGUUGUCUAAUAAUACCCCGUUUCGAGUGGUUGAUGAUAUUCACCGUUCUGGUAUCCGAUAAGCCGUUGCAAUAUUUAUAUACAAACAAUACGCAUUUUUAUUGCCCGUUUAGUUCAUCUUCGACCCACCAGAAUAUACAUAAAUUUACUGAA